CCGACUGACUGAAACGGAAAUUAUCGAAAUCGAAAAUCGAAACGGAUAGGCAGUAGUAGUCGUUUUAUUAUAUUAAAAUAUUUCAUAAAGUCAUUAAGAUUAAAUCAUCCUUCAAAAUGAAAUUGUAAUAAAAUAUUCAAACCAGUGACUCCAGUUCGUCAAUAGACAAUAACUUUACUUUUGACCACUACCACUACUACAAAGUUAAAAUGCAUUACAUAUAUACCUACAUUUAUUCACAUCACGAAACAGAAUGUGAACCCCAAACUGGUUUAUAGUCGCUGGAAAUUAUCGAUUUUCACAAGAGUACUCUGCACCCCCUGCACCCUUUCAUGCACCGGGCGUCUUCAUUACUCCGCGCACCUCUCUUCCCUCCUGCAUCAGCCCGCCGCCCAACCCCCCCUGCCCUUUAGUGCGCGCCGGUUGCCCGGGGGCCAGCUCAGUUCACUUCUUUAUCCGGUCGAGUGCGGUGUACUGUUGAGAUAUUAAUUAAUUCUUCAUAAUGGCAGAAGGUGAAGCUAAGGAAAAAACCCCUUACAUUAACGAGACCCUGCCCGAACGAUAUUGUGAGUGUUGGGAAAGUGAGGACGAGGACGAACCGGGCGAUCCUGACUGUGGGUGUGGUGAAGAGCGUGAAAUUGUUGACUGGCGCUGGAAGUUGCCGCGGAAAUCCCCCAGGUGGGCUGACUUAUUCGAGGACGGAAAACUCGUCGUGUUCCAUCCCCUUUUCAGUUCUGGAUCUGCUACUGUCAGGGGAAAUUUAGUUUUAAAACGGAACUACAAUUAUUACUGGGAGGUGAAGAUGAUGACCCAUCCUUACGGCACAGAUGUAAUGGUUGGUGUUGGCACCCGAAACAUUCCAGAAACUGUACGGGACUACACCUCCUGUAUUGGUAAUAGCCACGACUCUUAUGGCUUAUCAUACACCGGAGCCAUAUGCCAAAACAAAGAAGUUGUUGAUGAUUGCCCUGGAUUCUGCAAGGGCACCAUCAUUGGUGUGAUGGUGGACAUGUUUCGAGGUACACUUGAAUUUUACCUCAACCGUGAACCUCAAGGAGUCACCUUUACAGACCUACUACGCCACAAGACACUGUACCCAGUGGUGAGCUCAACAGCUGCAUUGUCAGCUCUUAGACUGACAUAUGCUUCAUCUUGGGAGUCCUCCCUGAUGGUCAAUUCUGCAAGGAUGCUUGCUGCUUCUGAGUCAGGAUUGAAGUUUUUAGAAAACAUGCCACCAGGUCUCGUCUCAACAAUGGAUGAGCACUUCUGGCUUGUUAUGCUGAGUGCCGGCAGAGUGGAGCCCCGCCCAAUCCGAAAACGGGUCAGAGAGUGUAGAAGAUUCUAGGAUCCGCCCCCCGGCGGCGUUAUUCCGGUUAUACCGAUAACGCCAGCCGUGAUUGGGGAAAAAUUGAAGCUAAUCCAUGAUAAUAACAAAACUGGUAUAAGUGCCAUUAUGUAUGAAAAUGUCGUGUUACACGAAGUGCUGGGGCUAGGAAACUUGUUUCCUGAAUGAAGAAUCACAGUGGUGGCUGGGGCAGUGUUGUGUUGUGAUCUUCAGUGAUAGCCAAUCGGAAAGGAAAGACUGUAGUAGUUUUUAAAUAUUGACUGUCUAUUUAUUAAAUUUACCUUGAUGAUGAAAGCAGUAGUAGUUCAAUGGUUUAAAUGAAUACAUUGGACCAUUGCACUACUGGCGCUGACCUCUCCAUUUACACAUUUUUUGGAUUGGGGAGGGUGUGAGGACUGCUAGUUGUGUGCAAGUUAUGUAGUUAUACUUCCUUCCAAUGGAAUUAAUGUAACAUCUCUGCAUUCAGCUAGUAGUCUCGAUAUUUUAAAACUAUUGGUGUCUAUAUUAAUACUUAUAGUAAUUAAUCUUCAUAUACUGGUUUUAUCCAAUAUAUCAAUCAGAACUAUGUAAUUAUAUUAACCAUACCACUAUAAUAAAUCUGGUCUGUACAACUUGUUGGUGAGUUGAAUUGGAAUCUCAGUACUUAAUGGAAUUUCUUAAUGAAAUAUGUACUCUUAUUGCUACUGUAUGUACUUAAACAAGUAAUAAUUAUGAGGAAAUUUUAAUCAAGAACAUUUGGUGAGGUGAUAUACUUAUGAUUGAGAAUGCUAAAGCUAAUGAUUGUACUCAUCAUAUGCUUAUUGGUAACUUCUAGUUUUCAAAUAAUUCAAUACAAAUAAUCAAUGUCUAAUUUAAUGUUAUUGCUAAUAAGGCUAAUUAUAUAUUGGAUUUUAGUGUAAGAUUCAACUAAUUUUUGCAAUAUAUGUUACCAUUAGGAGACAUUUGGAUUAAUAUUGUAUUAAAAUAAAACAAGUCAAAGUUUGCCCGGGCAGAGGAAAUGCUGGAAUUUUAUGAUAAUAUAUUAUUCAAUUAAUAUUAUGACCUACAUGUAGCCAUUAGGGUAUCAUAAUUCCUUUUUCUUGGUACAGAGAAGUGUAUAGACAUUUUCUCAAUGUAUUAAUCAAUUGUUGUGUAAGCUGCCAUUAGGGUAUGCAGUCAUAUAUUCAUAGUUGUAGUUCUGAUAAUUAUUAUGGAAUGAUUUGAAAGGUAUGAUGGCCCAGGAUUCUGUUCCCACUUCCCUUGGGUGGUGAACCAGUAGGUUUGAGAUGGUCACUUCAUCUUGUAUGAAGAUUGUAAGAUGCUGGUUUUUGAAAUAAAUAUUACAUUUUAAGUGG